AUCUCUUGUCUUCCCUGCGGAAUCCUCAUCACUUGGACGCUGCAUUCAGGUUACUGCGAUCGAUACAGAGGCCGUACCAGACACACAAAGAAGAGGUCGCGACACAGCCUUUCUCACCGUCAAUUUUUCCCUUGUUUGUUUGCGCUUCAAGGACCUAGCCGCUUUAGCAAUGCUCCCGGUUGCUCCAGAAACGCCCCCAGGUACUCCAGCAGUGCUGGCAGCUGCUGCAGGAAUGUUUCCAGCUGCUGCAGCGGUGCUGGCAGCUGCUUCAGAAAUGCUCCCAGCUGCUCCAGCAGUGCUCGUAGCUGCUUCAGAAAUGCUCGCAGUGCUCGCAGCUGUUCCAGCGGUGCUCGCAUCUUCUCCAGGAAUGUUCGCAGGUGCUGCGGUACUCGCAGUCGCUUCAGCGAUAAUCCCAGGCGCUUCAGUAAUCAUUCUCCCAUCGCUAGCGGUAGCCUGGUUGGUAGAAAGAUCCGUGCGUCAGAACGCACAAAAGAAGGCGGCCAAGGCUGUAGGAGCUCUUCGCAGAGCAGAGCAAGCGAGGUUCACGACUGAGCAUAAAUGGUUAGAAGGAGUUCGCCCCGAGUGCCGCCCUUCGGAGGAGGAUAUUGUUCGGAUGAAGGCCAAGUAUCUUUAUAGCCCAAACUUCCUCCACCUCGCAGUUGUCGGCUCUUCUGGAAGUGGGAAGUCAUCCUUCAUCAAUGCCGUCCGUGGCCUGUCCAACCAUGACUCCACCGCAGCUCGUACGGGCAUUGUCGAAGCUACCAAUGCUGUCAUGAGAUACCCUGAUCCACGCCCAAACUCCCAAAUCAUUUGGUAUGACGUUCCCGGAGCAGGCAGUCCAAACGUGCCUGAUUGCCAGUACUUCAAUGACCUGGGCCUCUACAUCUUCGACUGCAUUAUUGUGCUCAUCGAUAAUCGUUUCUUGGACUCCGACCUCGCCAUCCUUCGCGCCUGCGAGCAGUUCAGCAACGUUGAGGCGUUCAUUGUCCGCUCCAAGUCGGACCAGCACAUCAACAACAUGGCGUACGACAGGAUGCCAAGAGAUUUCGACCUUGGUGAUCCCGACAUGGACGACGAGACUCGUUCUCGAUUUCAGCAAAUGAAAUCUGAAGGACGGAGGAGGUUCAUUGAGGAAACGCGCCAGAAUGUGCAAAUGAACCUCGAGAGCAAGAACCACUCUCCUAAGAAGGUCUACAUCGUUUGCAAAGACGCUCUACUUGCGGCAUUGGAUAACUCGCGUCCUUCAAAGGCAAUUGACGAGGCAGAGCUUCUGAGUGAUGUUGGAGAAUGUGUGCGGAAGCGUCUGCAGUCGGGAUGCUAAAAGUAGGUCAUAUCGUCUCGCUCAAUUGUCGAUCGGAUCGUUUAAUGCAGUUUACACCCUAUAGCUAGGCCUGUACUGACAGCCCCAUUGCUCGCACAAAGCUUGGAUUAUGCGACACGGAAUCCCGAUUCUUUUUUUAGUCUUUGUUGGCUAGUUUAUUUUAUUUUAUUUUCUGGUCGAAUGUAACAUCCCUUCGAGACUGCACCGGCACCCCUUCACAAAGCCUGUAGUUGCGCAUGGUUAUAGCAUUCUCGGAAAAUGUUGAUUCGAUUUGUUACUUUACACAAACAUACAACUGACUCCUCCUGGAUCCUAUUUACCGUCAUUUUGACAAUGAAGACUGGUAACGUUCA